AAAAAUAUAUAUUUUGCAUUUGACAAUCUCAUGUAAUUUUGGAUUUUAGGCUUUGUGUAGAUUUUUGUUAUAAGAACAGGGUCUUAAAAGUUCUUUAUAAAUAAAUAUUAAAACAAGGAAGCAUCGCCAAUGCACAGUAUUAAGAAAGCAAUAUGUUCAAAACUGCCAUGUUUGAUAUCAAUAAGACUCUACUCGGGUCCAAAACCAGCAGCUGCCGCGGCUAAAAAGCCUUCGGAUCCAAGAAAGGUGUUUAAAAUUUACAGGUUUGGAGGAAUUCUAAGUAAUGAGAAACCAACAUUAAAAAGUUACGAUUUAGACAUCAAUACUUGCGGACGGAUGGUUUUAGACGCUCUCAUUAAAAUUAAAGAUAUGGAUCCUACGCUUGUAUUUCGAAGAUCCUGUCGUGAGGGUAUCUGUGGGUCAUGUGCUAUUAAUCUUCAAGGUCAAAAUUGUCUCGCUUGUAUAACUGCAAUUCCUUCUGACAAAGUCAUAACCAUACAUCCCAUUCCUCAUAUGUAUGUCAUCAGGGAUCUGGUCGUAGACAUGACACAUUUCUUUGAUGUUUACAAUAGCCUCCGUCCAUAUUUAAUCCGAAACAAUUCUGGGGCCCUCGGAAAAUUUCAGUAUGCACAAAGUGAGAAGGAUAACUCCAAAUUAGUUGGGCUGUACGAGUGUGUUCUGUGCUCUUGUUGUGCUACAGCUUGUCCUAGUUAUUGGUGGAAUGGCCGACGUUUCAUGGGGCCAGCGUCUUUGCUUCACGCAUACAGAUGGAUUAUAGAUUCUCGAGAUGAAGAAUCCGAACAAAGAUUAUUUGAACUACGAGAUGACUUUAAAGCUUUUCGAUGUCACACUAUAUAUAAUUGUACUCUGGCAUGUCCUAAAGGAUUACACCCAGCUCUAGCUAUAGCAAAAUUAAAAAGAUUAAUUUCAGGAUUAGAUAAAAAACCUUUACCCGAAAUGGAUCCUAUGAAAUUUGCUUCGGGUUCGCUGUCCGGUUGUAAAUGAAAAUUUACUGUCACAUUUUUUAAUCAAUGCUGUAAUCAUAAUUUUUGUUACUAUUUUUAAAACAGAAAAGGCAGAAAUAUAUAAUAAAUAAAUUAGAUAUGAAA